AUGUUUCCCUUAAGGCCGAACGCGGACACGUGCAAACUAAUCAUAUUGGUCUCGCUUUAUUGGAUAAUCAUCGACAUCGUCAUAAUCACGUAUUACUUGAACGACGUUGAGCCCAACUCGAAGUCGAAAACCCUACCGGCCACAAACGAGCCGCCGUUUUUCGUCGCCGAACCGAACCUUGCACGCACUGCUGCGGACAUCAUUAGCUAUCCGGAAGACUUGCCCGUCGAAUCGAUCGGCACGCCAGACGAAAUUAAAUUUCGGAGUCGCGUCACGAAAACUUAUCGGUCUCAUACCCUGAAGCCAUGGCACCCAGCUGAAACGCAGGCCGCCACAUCCGCCGACGUCGCUCACGGUCCCGGCGAGCAAGGCGUUCCUGUUAUACUCGGCGAGAAACGUAUCGUUAAAACGGAAAAUAGAUUCCGGCAACACGAGUUCGACGAGAUCGUCAGUGACGCGAUAUCCUUGAACCGGACGUUACCGGACUACCGGUCGUGGAAAUGCAAAUUUAAACGGUAUCCCGUAAUGCUACCCACCACUUCCGUCAUCAUUGCAUUUUACAACGAGGCCUGGUCCACUCUUUUGCGAACGGUCUGGAGCGUCAUCAACCGGUCGCCACGAUCACUCAUCGCCGAGAUUUUGUUGGUUGACGACGGUAGCGAUUCGGGUAAGUAAAAAUGGACUGUCUAAAACCAAAAUACUUUUAAAGUUGAAUUAUAAGUUACUUUUUUUUAUAAUUUAACUAGUCGGAGUAAAAACAAAAGUUGGCAUAAAUACACGAUAUCGCAUCAUUACUAUAAGAAAUGAGCGGUAACAGAGAGUAGAAUACAGAGUUAUAUUAUGUUUUCGACGAUUUCGUCAUUGAUCACGUGGAAUAUAUUAUGUCAAAUUAAUGUCAGCCGGCGUGUGAAAUUGGGAACACUCGUUAUAAUCAAAAAAUAAUAAAAGCUCUUGUACUUCAAAAUUAAUAUUAAUAUGUGCAAUGUGCAUAAAACGAUAUUCUUGUACGAAUUGAAAUCUAAUGAUUUUGGUGUUGCUGCACAGAAUUAAAAAUCAAUUAGUAUAGGUACAUUAAUUAUAGUUCGUUAAUUAAAUGUGUUUUGCAGUGACUUUAAACCUCGUAAACAAAUAAUAUUAUAGAAAGAAAAGAAAUACGAUUAUAAAUUAAGAUGGAGGUAGCGGUGGUAGCGGUGGCGGUGGCGAAAGAGGUAUCUUUGGUAGUGGACGUGGAGAAGAAAACGGAAGCGGUGACAGUGGAAGAGAUGAUGACCAAACAUACAAAUCCCUAUUACUCAUAUUAUAUUUAAAGUCAAGAGGAAGAAAACAUCAAGUCAAUUACCUAAAACAGAUUUUAAAAUUUAAAAUUACCAGAUACGAUAAAAAAAUACGGAAAUUAGGGAAUCAUGGACAAAUUAAAGAAAAUUAUCCGAUAUAUGCACAAUUUUGAAUUUUCUAUUGAAACGAAGUUUUUGAACACAUUCCUUGUUAAAUAUAAACGAAUAUCUAAUGGGAAACGGGGAAACUUAGGGAUGUAUGCGGCCACUGUUGUAGGUGAGUAGUUGCAAGGAAAUAGGAUAUAAAGAGGAAUUUAACGUACCUAUAUCUAUAUUCUACGCAACGAUUAAGCAUCGUUAACGAAAAACGAUUCGGAGCGAAGUUCGGUUAUACAUGUUUUGAAAGGCCGUAUUAUUUACGAUCACCAUCAAAAUUUGACUUUAAAAUUCUUAUACAAAAUAAAAAAUACUACAUUAUGUUAAUUUUUUUUUUUUUUGGCCCCUAAGUGCGACCUAUGAUGAACUUCCUCUCAAAUUUGGAAGCAGUUCUAAAGAUUUUAGCCAUAGAAUACCUACUAAAUAAAAAUUGCUUUUUACUUAAAAACUUGAAAAAUUAAAAUGUUUAUAAAUAGCUCAAAAAUGGUUCAAAUUUUUUGAAAAAUUUUAUCACGUCUAGAAAAAACAAAUAUAAGUUUUCUGUCGAAAUUUCAAGUGUCUACAAAUAUGUUUAACUAAAUUAUAUAAAAACCAAAAUUAUUUUCAUACAUUUUUUCCGUUAUUUCACGUAUUUUUCGGUUUGGCUCAAUUAUUCAAAAAACUACUGAAAAAAUCAAUAAACGACAAUUUUGGUCACCAGCUAAAUUGAAAGUUCAACAAAAAAGACCUCUUGUUAUUCUAUUGAAAAAAUAUUUAUGGAAUAAAAGUGCAGCCGUAAAAAUGUAAAAUAAUAAAAUCGUUCCGACAUAAUUUGAAAAAGUUCUUUUUUUGCAAUAGGAACGAGAAACGGAAACUAAUUUCUUAUUAAAAGGAACUUUCUCAAUGCUGUAAAGGAUAUAUUUUUAAUUAUGAAUUUGAAUCAUUUUAAACCACUUCAAAAAAUCAAGAUUAUAAUGUAUAUAUAUAUAAACAUAUAUCUUGUAUCUAUAUAAUUUAUGUAUCAUAAACUUUUAUUUUUUAAAUGAGAAAACCCAUUUAUUAUUAUCAUUAUUAUUUUUAAUCAAUUAAUUCGGCUAAUUUGUCUGGAAGUUUUUACGUGUCGAAAUGGACCAUUACAUUAUUGUUAACACUUGGCGUACAAUACUAGCACACUACAAUUCAAAUACCUACACACAAAAAUAUACAUGUUUUAAAAAAAAAUCACUAAAAUACAAUAAAUUGUAAGUACGCCCAAGUACCAAUUUGUGCACGCAAAAACCACAUUACUUUUGUAAACUGACGUGAGAAACUUUUUUUUCUAUAAGCUUAUAAUAUAUACAUUCAUAAUUCAAAGAUAAGUGUAAGUUUAUUAUUAUAGGUAGGGAAUUAUUUUUCAUAUUUUGAUAGUUAUUAAUGACGCAUACGGGGUUCUAUUAUUUAUUUGUAUAAUUAAAGUUUUUUUAAUAACAAAAAGAACUUAAUGUAAUUAACUAUUGCCAAACGUAUUGUACUGUCUAUUCUCGACUAUUUUUUUUUUUUUUCUAAGUCUUGCUAAAAUAUGAAUUCAAAUUUCAGAAUUUUUGGGGAAAAAAUUAGAAGAAUAUGUAGCUACACUUCCAGUGAAAGUUAAAAUUUUAAGAAAAGAAAAUCGAACGGGAUUAAUAGCGGCUCGUUUAUUAGGAACUAAACAUGCCAAAAGCCAAGUUCUAACGUUUUUGGACUCGCAUUGUGAAUGCACUCACGGGUGGCUAGAACCACUUUUAGCAAGAAUCGUGGUUAACAGGUUCGUAAAAUAGGCAAAAUAACAAUGUUAUAAAACGGUAUAAUACGCUUAUCUUUUUAUUUAAUACUAAAUACCUACUAUUAAUUUGGUAAAAUUUCAUUAAUGACAAUGGAUUUAAUAGUGUGUGUUUCACUGAAAAAUCUUUUUACAAUUUUACACAACAAUCAAGUAUACACAGGUCAACAUAAAACGUACGAUAAUUCGGAAACUAUUUUAGAUUUAAUAAUAUUAUUACAAUAUCACGUUCAAUAUAAAUAAUAUUUUACCAUUUUAAUUAUUUGAAAAUUAGUUUUGUUUAAUUAUUAUAGAAGAUUCGUCGUUUCUCCAAAAAUCGACAGAAUAUCAGAUACAACGUUUGAAUAUUCUUCAUCGAAAAAUUCCAAAAGGGGUGGAUUUAAUUGGAAUCUAAAUUUCAAAUGGUAAAUAUGUUUUUAAAUUUCCAUAGAUUUUCAGUAUAAAACAAUUUUUAGACACUGUACUAUUUUAGGGUUCCGAUUCCUGAAAAAGAAUACGAUCGGUUACACAAUGAUGAGUCGGAACCGUUUAGAACUCCUACAAUACCUGGCGGUAUAUUCUCGAUAGACAAAAUGUAUUUUUUGGAAUUAGGUUCAUACGAUGAAGAUAUGCAUAUUUGGGGUGGUGAUAAUUUUGAUAUAUCCUUCCGGGUAAGCAACUUCUUUCGAACUCAAAGAAUAACAAUAAUUUAUCCUUAUUGUAGUUACUAUUCCCAUAGAUUAGAGUAGAUAAAAUCUAUGAUAUUACGUAGGUAUAUAAUUAUUAUUAUUUUAUUUUUUUAUUGGAAUUUAAAUAACAAAACCGCAAAAUUCCGCCGAAUUCGUAGUUUUCAAUGUAUAUUAAGUAUUAUACAUUUAGUAGGUACACAUACUAUUAUAUUUUUACCAUAAAUAUAGGUACAAUGAACAAUAACGAAGGUAAGACAAUAUUGAUAUUCCUGGCUUUUUAUCUCCUUUUAAAAUUCUAACUGAGACUGCAAAUUAUUUCAUCUUCCUCCAUUCUCCCUCCAAGACACAGUUAUAGAAAAUGCGGAAAAUGCUAUACCUUGUUAUACCUUGUUAGAUACAUUGUUUUCUACGAGGUAAAUCAAUCCAAAGUGAUUACUACAGGUUUGGAUGUGUGGUGGCACCUUGGAAAUGGUACCGUGCUCCUGUAUUGGUCACGUAUUUCGAGAUCGCGUACCUUUUACGUUUCCCGGGGGAAUGGAAGCUACUGUCAGCCGAAAUAUCCUGCGCGUCGCCAAAGUAUGGAUGGACGAAUGGAAGUUUGUUCACUACAUGUACAACCAAGGUUAGAAGUUAGAAUUAACCUUAACUCAAGAAAAGUUAUAUUAUACAGGGUGAUUGAUUCGGGUAGCACACGAUUCCGCACAUUUUCAUAAUACAAAAGAUUUUUUUUUUUUUUAUCUAGCCGUAAUGUAAUACAAUCCGCAUACAAAUUGUAGGGACGUUGUUAUUUAUAGUAAAAAUAUAUGUAUAAUAAUAUAAAUAAAUAAAAAUAAAAAAAGAAUUUAUUUCAUUUUUUUCCUAUAAUAAAUAAUUAAAAUGAAUCAUAACUGUAUAUUGUGUACAGCUGUAAAAAGUGCUUAGGUGAGUAGUCAAAUGUUUCGUUACAAAAUAAUUCUGUAUAAAAUUGUGUUAAGAAAUUAAUAAUUUGAAUAGUUGUAAGGGAAAUAAAAUUUGCAUCCGCCGGAGCAUAUAUAAAUUGUUGGUUUUAGAUUCCGAGCGUAGCGAGUGAGUUAUUGGUUUUACAAUGCUGUUUAUUUCUUCGUUUCUUUUUCUUUGUUUUAGACUGUGGACACGUUUUUUCCUUAAUAAACUUGCUCCGAUUUUUACAUGUAGCAACUUUUAUGAAAGCUCAAGUUCUCUAAAUUUUUAGUUUUUGAGAGUUUUUUUGCUGCAAUUCGGUUAUAAAUACACGUGGAGAUUUGAAACUUGGUAAUAAUAUUUAUAUUGGAUUUUCCUAGACGUCGUAAAAUUUCGAAAAUAAUCAGACAACUUUUUUUCUUUUUUUAAUUUUUUUACAAUGGUAUUUUAUUUUUAUUUUUUAUAUGUAUACUGUAGAUCACUCUUAUCCUAUAAAACUUGCUCCAAUGUUUAAAUGUAGCACCUUUUAUUGAAAGAUAAUUUUAUCUACUUGGUAAAUACAUAGGUCAUUUUUCGAUUUUCGAACCGGUAUUUAAAACAAAACAAAUUAACCGGAAAAAAAAUACGUUUUUUUCACGAUUUCGUUAUUUUAAAUAAGUACCUACCACGUUUUCUAGCACAAAUGUGGCUCCAUUUGAAAAACGACAAGAGACCUUUUUUGUGGAAUUUUUUUUUUUUAAUGAGCGUUUUGAAAUCAAAUUUAAACGAAAAUCGCAAAAAAAAUUCAAAUUAUAUAUUACCGAACAGCGCUCGAAAUUGUCUUUCGUCAAGCAAUAGUUUAUCGUUGCUUACAGAUAUAAAUGAAAUAACCUUGUGUAUUCUACCUUCUCAACUUCUCACCUACAACAGUAGUCGCUCCCAUCCCCAGUAUCAGCUCUUUUUUUAAACACGAAACAUUUAUCAGUUUUUAAAAUCCUCAAUUGUUGUAAAGCAUUGUUUAACGACGUUGGAAGUACAGGAAAUUGUUUUCUUCGUUGAUCAUACAUUGCUUUACUUACGGAUUUAAUGUCAUGGUGUUUUGUUACCGAUGAUUCUGGAGUUUGUAGUAACUCUGUCUGAGUAAUUUCACUAGAAAUUGAUUCCUCUGCUCGUCGUGUACAAUUUUCUUUGAGUACUUGUUUUUCUAUUUCGUUAGAAAUAUCAACCGGAUGAUUAUGUAAACCUUUUGAGUCCUCAACUAUUUUUUUCUGAAUUUGAAAAAGUAAACGCAGUGUAAUUUUUGUCAGAGAAGCAGCGCCACAUUAAAAGUUGAUCGCAUUUACGAACACCGAUAAAUCUAUGUUUAUAACCAUUAACAACAGCUAAUUCCUUAUUUCUCUCCGACACAAUAAUUCGAAUUAUUGAAUUAUUCAUUUUAAUUCACAAACUCGCACGGAACAAAAUUUAUAAAUAGUAAAACACAAAAACGCAUCGCAACAUAGGUAAUCAAUGUAAUCGUACGUGAUCGAACAGGUAACUGAUGAGUCCAGAUAAAAUGUACAUUUUAGAGUGUAGACUAUAAUCUGUGCUAGUACUAACUGUAGAUAAGCUAGAAUUAGGUUUCAAUCCAAAAUAAUGUUAUAAUAGAUAUGUCUGAUAUGUAAUAUUAAUACAAUUUGUAUAUCUGAAGUUAUUUUAAAAAUACAAUCGGCAACGUCGCAAAUUAGUUUUGUGCGGAAUCGUGUGAAUGAAAAGGUAUAAUAUACGGAAACGUGUUGUGCGGAAUCGUGAAUCGCUUAUUGACUCAACCGGAAACACUCACAUCUCGGAAAGUAUUAACUUUUUUCGGAAUUUUUUUUUUUUGAAAACUUAAGAAAAAAAUAGUUCUAAACUGUUACUUUAUCAUUUUUUUGUAAAAUAUACCACUUUUAAGUUUAGGUAAGAGUAGCGGAGAGUAGUGGAGCACUAUAUUCAAACGGCGCACGCCACGACACUAUACAAAUGAUACUACUCUUCUUUCCUCUUACCUGAACUUAAAAGUGGAAUAUCUUGUUAACGGGUUGACAGAAAUCAAAAAUAACAAUACCAAAGUUUAUUUCAACUAAUACCUACUCCAUGUAUUUAAAGAAUUUUCAUUAUAGGUUGCUAUUUUAAAAUCAAAAGUAAGUAGUCAUUUCACCCCCGAAAAUGAGGAAGACAAAAAAAUGAUAAUGUGACAUUUUAGAACUAUUUAUUUCUAAGUUUUAAAAAAAAUCUGAAAAAAAUUAAUACUUUCUUAGAUAAUGAAUGUUUCCAGUUGGGUGAAUCACUCUGUAUAUAGAGCACUUGUGAGUCGUGGAAAAAACUUCAAAUUCCUAAGAGUAUAGGCUUAAAAGAUCACUAAUUUGGGUGAACGCAAUAAAACCCAUUUUUAUUAAAUUACUUUUUUAAAAAUUUUAUCAUCACUUCAAAAAUCAGAUUUUUCAAAAUUGUAAAUAUCACUUAUACAUAAUAUAUACAAAUGAUUCUUUCUAAAACCGUAAAUUAAGUACCCACACAAAUAUUAUAGUUUGUUUUUUUUUGUUUUCAUAUUAAUUUUAAUGUCUGUGUUUGAUUAGAUACGUUUGAUGUCGACGUGGGAAAUGUUUCCCAACGUUUGCAUUUAAAGACAAGAUUAAAAUGCAAAUCUUUCCGAUGGUACUUAAAAAACAUUUAUCCCGAGUUCAUAAAGUACUAUGGAGACUAUUAUGUGGGACAAGUUUGUAUUUAAUAUCAGUUAAACUAUUUUAAUAUAUGAUAUGUUUAUGCGUUUUUAGCAUUAUAUUUUAUUUAUUUUAGAUACAAAAUGUUGAAACUCAACAAUGUUUGGACACGGCAUCCGGGAAAAUUGGUGAAAAUGUCAUCAUGCAAAAUUGCCAUAAAACGUUAUGCGGUACACAAGUAAUAAUAUUAUAAUACUCAUUUGGUGUUGAUCAAUUUUUUAAGCUUUAGGUACAGAUAUAAUUUUAAUAUAGGACUUUGGAUAUACACCACAAUCACUAAUCGUAACGGAGGACAUUAAAUGUAUUGGUAAUUCAGACAACAGUGAUUUAGUUAGUCUAUUUAAAUGCAACAUACAAAAAACUUAUCUGAAGUGGAUUUAUGACACGAGGGUAAAAUUUAAAAAAUAAAAUUCACUAUUUAAAUAAUAUAUUAUUCAAAUUACUAUUUCAAGUACACAAAUACUAUUAUUAAUUGCUUUUAAUUUCAGAGAUUAACUAUGAUACACGUUGAAUCGAAAAAAUGUUUGGAACAUUCGAUAAGUACAGUUAAUUCGUCAGCUGCCUCUUUGAAAAAAUGCAAUGGUUUAAGUAAUCAAAUGUGGACUUUAAGUUUUCUAAGUAUAUAAUAAUAUUUUAACCCGUUUUUAAAAAAAAAAAUAUAACUUUUAUUGUAAUUUUUUU